AUGGCGAGACAACAUUUGUUGAUUUUCUUCGUCAUUUUCUGUUUUGUAUCGAACGAUUUCAUCAAUGGAUCACAUUUUCGCGGUGGAAUCAUUUCAUGGCGUCCAUUGAACAGUACACCAUCGGGUAGUACAGCGAGAAUUCUCCUUCAUCAACGAUAUUUUUUUGAUCGAAUGGCAACUUAUUUUAAUCCUUAUCCAUCUCGUUGUACGGAAGCAUUUGUCACCGGUGAAUCUCCAAUUCCAGUCAUUGGUACGAUGGAUUGUUUGGCAAAUUGUCCAACUUCGACUUAUUCUCCAAUUUCGAUCGCCGUGAACACCACAGAUUGUAACACACUUACAAUUCUUUCAUCAUGGGGUGGUGAACGUUAUGAUCCCGUGAUUUUACCGUUAACAACAGUAAUUACAAUUGGUUACACAGGAAAUGCAUGGUUAGGUGCUCUUUACAAUGACACCAAUGGUUGGUGGGCUGUUGUCAAUCGAUUAAAUUUAGCUUUGAGACCUGAUGGUUAUAUCAAUAGUAGUCCAGUAACAACAACAUUACCUGUUGUUUUAUAUUCAAUCAAUGUACAAAUUGUUCAUACUAUUCAAAUGGCAGAUAAUGAUGGAACGGAUAUUUUACAAUGUCGCCGAGCCAAUUCGAAUUCAUUGGGAAAUUUUAAUCAAGUCGAUGAAUGUGAAGCGAAUAUUUAUUAUGCAUGUGCUGUUCAAAUUGAAGAUUAUUAUAAUUCUGCAGCAACAAAUCCAAUGAGUUCAGUUCCAAUUCAAUUUCUAUUUUAUGGAUAUAUACCUUCUAAUACUGCAUGUUCACAACGUCCUCAAAUCAUUGGUGAUCGGCCAAAUAGAGCUUGUAUUGGAGUACCGAUUGGUAUUCAAUUAAAUGAAACUGUCAUUGUUCAAACAUAUUGUCCUGGUCAAACCAUUGUUGAUUUUAUCACAAGUUCUCCACUUGGAAUGAUGCAUAGUCCAAUCAUACAAACAGGUGCUUUUUUGUAUACAAUGACAUUAACAUGGACACCAAUUGCAAAUCAAGCUGGUCCUCAGGGAUUUUGUGCUGGUGCUGUUGAUAAUAGUAAUUUACAAUCAGAUCCAUGGUGUAUCACAUAUUUGGUUGAUUAUACAUCACCAGAUCUCAUUCGUCCAACAGUUGUACAAGGAUCAGCAAGCCCUGUUGGAACAGUUUUUGCCAAUCAAUCAAUGUUUUCAAUUCAAGCAACAAGUUUAGUUGGUCGUCCAACUCGUAAUGGAACAAAUGUUUGUUUUAACGAUGCUGCAACGAAUAACACAGUUUUCUGUUAUGAUGCCGGUUAUUCAGCAAAUGUUAUUUAUACAGGAUAUACCAUUGUUAUCAUCACUAAUUAUACAUGGACACCCGGAGCAUUUUAUUAUAUUACAAUGGAUAGUGGAUUCGCAAGUGGAAGUGUCUUUUGUCAUGCGGAAUCAACACCGAUUCGUGAUAAAACAUUUUGGACAUUUAAUAUUUGGAAUCCAGCAGUUUCAUCGACAACGACAACAACAACAACACCAUUUACAACUGCAACCGUCACAACAAAGCCAACAUCAACAACAAGUAUCAACACUCUCUUGACAACAACUGGAAUUGUUAUAACCACAACAAUUCCGAUGACAACCAAUGCAACAACACCAACCACUACAUCAACAACAACAGCUGCUCCCACAACACCAGGUCCAACGAUAAGCGCUGCGACAACUGAAUCAACAGUCGCCAUGGUUUAUCCCCAAGAUUUCGAAGAUGCAUGUAAACAAACAGUAGCGAUCAUGACAACUGUUUCGUUAGUUACAUUUAUGCCUAUUCAUGCUUUAAUAAUGUACGCUGCAAUGAAUAGAUUUGCCAAUCAAUUUAAUCCCGUGAAAAUUGAUGCGAAAACGAGACACAAAUUACGAAUGAAACGAAUUCGUCACUGA